AUGAGUUAUGAAGUAAGGUUCUGGCUCACCACCAGUGAUGGCUAUCCUAUGCCUGGCUUCUUUCCAAGAAACUCUGUGAGGAACCAAGACUGGCACAAAUAUAUUGAUAAAUAUUAUGACAUAUUUCACCCAUUAAUUGAACCCCAGAGGUUUUUGAACAUCAAUAAUGUUCGGUUUGGUGUAUCAGAGCUUGUCAUCAGUGAAUCCUCAUGGAGUCCAGAGUUCAUCCAGGAGCUUCUUCCAUCUGCGGAGCGAACGGCUCUCCUCUAUCAUCUGUCAUUAUUGUGUCUGGGAAGCUUCCCAAAGCUGGAGCGUAAGAUCAGAGAACAAGCUAUUGAAACACAGAUGCUGUUUAGAACCACUGAGGCUGUUCUGCUGAAGUGUGUCGGCACGAGUUCCAACCUGGUCACCUCGCUGUUCCCAAUACUGAUAAAAGCUGUUGAGAAGAACAAACCCAAACUGGCUGUGAUCUACCUGGAGAAAGCCAGAACAUGGAUCAAUGACAUCAUCAGAGGUGACGAGGUGAAAGCAUUGAUGAAAUUUAAUCAACGCUAUAAUGAUGCUGCUAUUCUUGCUAAACAAGCCAAACUGAACCGUCUCGUCUCUGAAAAGGACAGUCUGAGAAACAAAGAGUGGAACAUCAAAAUCCAACGGACUGAUCUUCAGCUGAAGUUGGCCAACUGCAAAAUACAACAGGGUGCGAUUCCCGAUCCUGUCCACCUGAAGGAAGUCCAGACGUGUCUUGAUCGAAUCCAACAAAAUCUGGUUGAUCUUAAAAAGUUCUGGAAGAAAGUGGCUGUUAUGCUGGAGACACUGAAAGACAAGACCUUUGUUGGGGAUGUACUGUUUGAAGAUCUGGAAGACAUGAAGGAGGAGUUUAUACAGUCCAUUGAAGAUGCAAAACUGGACUGGAAGACAUUUGGUGAAUGCUGUCAGAGAGCACAGGUCAUCUUCAGCAUUCAGUCUAGGACUGCAUAUAAAUUCCUGGAGAUCAAUCCGUCUUCAUUCUCAGAGGCUGAAAGGAUUGAGCAGUACAAGUUUAUCAUGGCGAAGCUGAGGAGGAUCAAUCCUGAGGGCUCGACCAGAGCAGCCAUCACUGAGUGACAGACAGAGAUCUGAUGCUAAACGCUCUUCAUAAGGCAUACACAUAUUACAGUAUUUCACAAUUGCUAAAA